UACGUAAACAAUUUGAUAAAAAGGAAGGCACCGUUCGUUACGUUAAAAUUAACUAAGGUGUAAACAAAGAUAUAUUAUUAUCUCAGUUUUAAAUAUGGAUAACGAAACGGAAAGUCAGAAUUUAAAUGAAACAGCGAGCACGGAACUAGAUGCGAAUGUUGUUGAAAGUGGAUCUCGUAUGUUGAGGUGGUUUACAAAAUUAAAAACCGACAAAGAUUUCAGGAUAAAAAUCAUCAAAACUCUGUUGCUUUUUUGGACCUUUGUUGGAUUGGGAUGGAUGACCGGUCAAAUAGGACCGUCGUUUCCGGAUUUACAGCUAGUUGUCCAAGAAACGCUGGAUACAGCGUCAUGGCUGUUUACCAUCUAUUCUUUUGGAUACAUGACCGGCUCUCUUGGCGGAGGGUUAUUGUUCGACCACUUUAGCAAACCACUCGUGAUUGCACUAGCUACUUUGAUUCUGGCAGUUACUACAGUAUCUCUACCUUGGUGUAGAUGGUUCACAUUGAUGCUUGUAGUAAGAUUCGUCUCGGGACUUGGUGCAGGUGCACUCGACACAGGUGCAAAUGCCUACGUGAUGUCUUUUUGGGGUGAAAAGGCUGGUCCUUACAUGCAAGGACUACAUUUUUGUUUCUCCAUGGGUGGAAUAGUUUCACCAUUGGCAACCGAACCAUUUUUAGCUGAACGAUCUUGUCAUUAUCUUAACUUCACAGAGUCUAAGGUCAACCAAUCACAUGCAAACUUGACUUUAACGGAAGACGUGUCAAAUAAUGCUACUGGAAAUGAAUGUCAAACUACGGAGUUUGGAGAGACACAUAUUCACCUGGCCUACAUUAUUUCAUCUGUCGUAUAAUAAUUACAAGCUCCAUUCCCAUUUUUCGUCAUAUAUGUUCGUGAAAUAU